AUGUUCGGCAGUCAAUUCCAGACCCAACCGUUUGGCCAAUCGACGCCCGGUUACUAUCCCCACAUGAACGCCCAACAACACCACCAACAGCAGCAGCAGCAACAGCAGCAAAAUCAAUUUGCUUGGAUGCAAUACCAGCAAAUGCUGCAAGCGCAGCACUUUUACAGCCAGCAGCAGCAACAGCAACACCAGCAACAGGCUCAUGCAGCGUCGGCCAGCGAUAUUGGUACAAGCGCAGACAGCCGUCGACGCACUUCCUCGACGCCGCAACGACCUCAGCCCGUCACGUACAACGACACGUUCCGCCGUGAUCAGCAGCAGUCUGGGCCAGGUAUGGCGCCAGUUCCAGGUGCCUCGUACGCAGGCAACAUGGCGCAGUUCAACUCGAUGCGCAAUCUCAAUGGCCAGCCCGUGACCGCAAAUCAGUAUGGUCAGGUGCCUGCAUCGGGCCACUCUGCUUCGUCUUCGGUCUCCUCCGCACCCACAGGUGGAUUCCACCCUUACCGCAGAACACAGCGCGGCACUUCCGACGUGGGUGUGACUGGCUCGCAGAAUUUCCCUUCGAGCGUUUCAGCUGCGAACUCCAUGGCACCACCCGCAGCUGCGCCACGUAAUCGCACCUCGAGCGCCGCUUCGCAGUCCUCUUCGCGCGAGACUUCGCCCAUGCUUGCAGCUGAGCGCAAACGUGGCGUCGGCGCGCUUCCUUCUUCGACUUCGGCUCCUGGUAUUGCCAAUGGCCAUGCCUCCAAAAAUGUGCCUGCCUCGACUUCGUCUCAGGCCGGUCUCAGUCAUCUGCGCGGCGCACCGCCACGGACCAACAGCCAGUCUUCGAUCGGCUCGGACGCUUCUUCGAGGACAGCUACCGCUUCCAAUAGUGUCGGCAACGGUGCAGGCGCCCCAGUGCAUCAGCGAUCCGACUCGUCUGCGUCCCUCCAAUCUAUCAACACUUCGCAGCGUGGUCAGCCCGCCAGCAUCGCUUCUUCCAAGAAACCUUCGCCUCUGUCUAGACAGGCAGCCAAGGACGACGACGAAGAGGCUGUGUACGGUGGUAGCGAUGACGAUCGCGUCAACGGCGGUCGAUCCACUCCCAUGCCUGGCUACGCUCCCAAACCAGCCAAAAAGUCGGGUCUGUCUAGCAAACUGCGCAAAGCUUUGUCUUUCUCCAACAUGAACGACAUUCAAGAUAGCAGCGCUCAUGGCACUUCGGCAGCUGCAGCUGCUAGACGUCCGCAGAACGGCGGCGUGUACGGCCGUGACCUGGGCGGACUGCCCAACUCUUCCGGAGACACCAACGCCUCGACCGGAUCCACCCGCUCCACCUCGCCUCCACGAACGCCCGACAACGGCGCUGCUCCGCUGGGUUCGUCGGGCGCCUCCAUCACUUCGCGACGUACCACUCGCCCUCCUCUGUCCAACAACAACGAAGGCAAGCGAAGCAUCUUCAACCGCAAGUUCAACUCGUCCACCGACAACAUCUCCAUCUCGUCCACCGUCUCGAGCGCUUCGGUCAUGCUGCGCAAGGUAGGCAACCUCGGCAAGCUUGCUCGUCGCCACUCGCUCAUGGGCCUCACCAACAUGUUCAACAAGGACAAGGAUGGUCGGGACGCCGACUCGUAUGGUGCCAUGCCAACCGCUUCGGAUGAUUCGGCCAUCAACACCAAGAGCAAAAAGUCGACCAAGAAGGGCACUCCUGCUUCCGCUUCGAUCACCCACGCCACCGUCGAAUUGGAGAGCGCUCGUUCCAACGACACUGGCAUGACGCCGGCUGCUUCCUACGUCCGUCAGCAUCAGCUUCAGAUGCAGGCGCAGGCCGAGGCCGAAGCACGCGCCGCUCGGGAACGUCAAGAGGCCGAAGCGCGAGCACGUGAGGCAGGCGAGAACCGUCAAAAGAUGAUCGAAAAGGAGAAGGAGAGGCUCAAGUCGAAGCGAGGCUGGCGCAAGAAGUUUGGCAGCAGUGGCGGUGGCAGCAUCAGCUCCAUCACUUCCGAUGCGCCCUCCGGUCUCGAGACCACGUACGCCGAGCCGGAGCACUAUGUCGAUGCUUCCACAGGUCAGCAGAACGCGGACCCGCUCGUCUCUGCUGCGCCACCCCAGAUCGCCAUGCCGUACGAUGGAGACGGAGGCUUCGAUGCCUCGUUCGACAGCGAGCUGCUCGAGCCUCCGCACAUGCCGGCCGCUGGCGGUCUCGGCGGCGAAGACUCGGGUGACGAAUUUGAGACCGACAGUCUCCGUCAUUGGGGAGAGGGCAUCGAGAGGUCGCGUGCCAGUGCCGCGCAGUUCAAGAACCCUAGGAGCAUCCUCAAGAAAACGGCUUCGACCCCGGAUCUCUCGCUCGCUGGCGGAUUCGAGAAGCCGUUUGCUGGUCGUAUCCGCGCCAACUCGUACGACGCCCCGCUGGCCGCUUCGCCGACGACGCUGCAGCCCUCGAGCACCAUGACGCACAUUUCGAGCAGCACGGCUGGCGUCGAGCGUCUGGACGGUGUUGGCGCCAAGCCUGAGUCGCCCGCUUCUUCACGCCCUGGCUCUCGUUCAGGUGCCGAUGGUCCGGCGCGUUCUGCCUCGCCUGGCUCGAUCCAACAUGCUGGCGGCGUGCUGGGACACCACUCGAACUCGUCGAUGCCGACGCUGUCCUUGAUGAUGGAUCCCUCGUCCGACUUUAUGCCGCAACGGUCGGUGACGGCGCCUACGCAGGCCAAGAAGAAGCUCUCGUUCGCCGACGACCUCAUCUUCCACUCGACAUGGCCUGCUACCGUCUACGACCGACGCGGAGAGCAGGCGACGUGCAAUCGCCUCACGCCGCUGUUGGCGCAGCGCAUCAAGGAGGAGCUCAACACGUACAAGAUGGAAGAGAUGGCGGUGGCUCCUACGAGUCGCAUCUACACGCACUUUUUCGUCUGA